UCCUUGACCAGAGAUCAGUUGGUCGUUCUCACCUGCCGGCAGGAGUUCCCCGGUCUGACACACACCUGGUGUUCUCGACUACGGUUCGAACGUGCUUUGGUGGGGCCUCUUCGGCCUCGCCUCGAUGUAUUAUGUACAUGGGCCUUCAGUUGUCACCGCGACGUCGGCGGAAUCAUAUUGCGUGUAUGUACAUUUAACCGGCGUGCUACCGGUCUACGUUUAGAGAACGUUUCAAUUAUUAUUAUUAUAGUGGUACGGAUCUGUUCGCAAAGAUAUUUGUGUCUAAACAAAACGUAUCUUGGUGUGAAAAUAGUGAAGGAACGUAUUCUGGGAGAUUGAAACUGCAUCAACCUGAGAUCUAAUUUCGGUUUCACGUGCUACCAAUUCUGUUUAGUGUACAUGUACGUCGGUGAUUAUAAAAAAUUUUUAAUAAAUUGCAUACAUUUAUGGAGUGACGGAUGCGCAGCGCACGUGUGCGAACACGUGGACGCUGACGCCAGGGAAAUCGCCGAUCUAUCGUCUCGCGAGACGUCUGAUCAUCCCUAUUUUAUGCAUCAAAGCAUCCCUCGAACGUGACUUACGACGUGUCGGAUAGGAUUAGGAGAAAAUUCUCUGUCGAAAUUGCCGGCAGAUUGGCAAGCCGUGAGUCAUCAACCACAUCCAAUAUGGAAGAUGUAUAUCGAUAAUGAAACUUAGAUACGCUUUCGCAGAAGAAGUGAAGGAACUUAUGCGCAAUACAAGAAAACAUAUACAAUAUACAACAUAUCCAAAUGACAUUCUGAUAAGAAUCAUAGAUCAUCGUUUUAAUUGACACGAAAAUAUUCAGAUCCGCCGGAAGUGGAGGAAGACAGGAGGGUGAUUUGCGGAGUGAAUGUCCUACGAGCUGCGCACGCAUUCCUUAGGGACACUCGCGCGGUGCGGUCACGAUGCAACUCGACGAGGAUAUUCAGUACGCGCCGAGAAGCCGGCCGGUGAGCUUUUACGACAACUAUAAGGUCGUACCGGUAAUGCCGCCUUGCGUCACUUCCGCCAUGAGCGUGGGCAAUCUGAAUCAGGUCCGUGACGGAAAUGGCACGUCCGCCGCGCCUCAGAGCAACAACAACAACAACAAUAACAUUAAUAAUAGUAACAUUAACAACAAUAACAGGGUCAGUAGCGCCGUCAGCGCGGGCAACGUAUCGAAGAUUCAUACUGCCAAAGUCACCGGUGCCGUAUCAACCGGGAACAUCGGACGAAUCUCCCGCGGCGAUAAAGAAAAGGAGCUUGGUCGAGCACCAUCGAUGGCCAACUGCUUGUCAACCACGGUUCCUGUCAACCUGGCAGCAUCUCAAAUAGCCGGUCGACAUACGCCUACAAGAAAUUCUUUGAGGCAUAGCAGGAUGAUCGUGAUGCAUCGGACCGGUCAUCAUCGAGAAAAGUUUUUACCUCCUUUGAUCUAUCAUCGACAAUUAGCAAGAUGUUUGGCGGCGCUGCAGACCAUUCUCGGUAUCGCGAUAACUUUUUUGUCGUUGUGGUUGCUGCUUUGGGCACCGCAUCUUCCCAUCACGGACAAUCCCUAUUGGAGCGGCAUCUCUCUCUUGAUGUCGGGCAGUUUCGGAAUUGGUCUUCUGUGCUGUUUCAAGAAAGAAUAUCCGGGUAUGAGUCCUGGGUUUUGUCUUUCCGCCACAAAGGUUGUUAGCGUAUUUUUGGCAGUUCUGGCGACUAUUGCGUGCGUGAGCGCGUGCGUAUUCUCCGCAAUGCACUUGUCGCGACUCAUGGGACAGGAAUGCACUCCGGCACGAGUACUAAACGCCACGUGUGUAUGCAGACCACGCGGCGAACCGCCUGAUUCACUCGAAGGUGCAGUCAGAUAUAUGGACCUUAAUUGUCCCGAGGUAGAAGAUAUCUUGACGAUCCUCCUCAUCUUCUCGUGUACUUGCAACGGAUUAGGCAUCUUGUUAGCUGGAUGUUAUAGUUACCUCCAUUGGAGCACGCGAUAUAAGAGGCCAAAGUAUAUACAAGUCAGGACUAACAAUAUGUCUACGAACAAUACUACGCUCAGUAAUAGACCAAUCUACAACCCGAAGUUGGAAGAGCGAUGACGCUUGCAGAUGCUAUAAUGAUUGAAAUGCUUCCAUUUUUGUGAUCCAUCAACAUCGUUCUUUAUGAUCCUGGGAUUGAUCAAUACAACAUUACAUAUAUGAUGAACAUGAAUGAUUAUGAACGAUAAAUCUUGUUUCGCAUUGACAGGCAAAACCAUUCCGAUAAAUAAGAUAAUAAAAACAAUUGCUCUGAUGCACAAACGAGAAGAAGAAACAUAUUUUAUACAAAGAUAUGAGAGUAGAAAAAUUUUAAUCGACGAGCUCUUCGUCACUUCAUACUGGAUAACAAAUUGGAAAUUUUGCAGAAAGUGACAUAAUAAAUAUUUGAAAAAAAAAAAUCGUUCUCAUAAUCGAAAAUCCAAGAUUUAAAAAAGUGUAAGUGUAUAUAUAUUUAUUAUUAAUCAUUAAUAAAAUAAUAAUGAUAAUUAUAAUGAUACGAUUGAAAUGCGAUACAAUAAUGGAUCACUAUGUGGUGAAAAAACAAUUUUAGACUCGAUAAUUAGCGCUCAUUUUUUAUUACGCGGAGGCUCAGUAUUUGUUUAAUCUUAAUGUGUGUAUUUAUGUGUGCGUGCAUCCGACAGUGCGUUUGUCUUCCAACUGAAAGGAAUUUACUAAAACGAACAAAGACUACAUACUAAUUUUUUUAUCUAAGAUAUUUUUUUAUUUAUAUUAAGACUAAAGCUUAUAAAUGAAACAAGUACCUCAGACUUUUGAAUUAAUGUAAUAUUAAGAUAUUUACAUUAUAUUUUAUACAUUACAUAUAUUAAUUGUAUUUAGUAAAAUAAUACGGAAAUUAAAAAAAUAUCAUAUGUAUUUAUACAAUAAUUUAUAAAAUAAAAAUAUGUGGCGAAUAUUGAUACAAAAUUAUAUUAUACGAUGUCAAUCUUACUACAAGAUCUGAUAUCAGAAUUACUCAAAUUAAAAAUCGAUGGUAUUAAAAAAAUUUUGUGCUAAAUAAAUAAUCUUACUCUAGAAACAACUUUUUUUUUUUAACUCAUUAAAACUAGUUCAUUAGUCACAUUAAUAAUCGAUUUAUAUGUUUUAAUAUGUUUAUGUGAUUUUGCUAUUAAAAUACAUAAUUUGUUCACAACCCAAAGCAUUCAAAUAAAAAAUUAAUAAUUUUAAUACAAAAUCUGUUUAUAACGGAGAAAUCGGUUUAUAAUGGAGAAAUACAGAGAGGAAGAAGGGAAA